CGAAUAAUUUAAUGUCUAUACUGUACAAUCUGCGGUAUAACUUUUUAUGCAGAUCAGCUAUUGAGUAUGACCUUCGUCUAGUUAUUGGCUUUCCUAAGUUGAUAUUCCCUCGUAUGGCUAACCUUUUGUUGUGUAUCAUAGGUCGUCUGCACACUCCCCUGGAUUUGUCAGAGGAGGAAUGGAAUUAUAUUUUCAAAACAAACAUUACAGGAUCAUGGUUGGUGUCUAAGUAUGUCUGUAUACGCAUGUGUGAUGCAAGUCAGGGAGGAUCAAUUAUCAAUAUUGCUUCGAUUGCUGGUCUAAGUCGUGGGCAAUUGCCUGGAGGUCUUGCCUAUUCAUCUUCAAAAGCUGCUGUAAACACCAUGACAAAGGUCCUGGCCCUUGAAUUGGGAGCACACAAAAUAAGAGUGAACUCAAUAUCACCUGGACUUUUCAGAUCUGAGAUCACCGAGGGUCUCAUGCAAAGACAGUGGCUGAAUAAUGUUGCUUUCAAAACUGUGCCAUUGAGAACAUAUGGAACAUCUGACCCAGCAUUGACAUCACUUAUACGAUACUUACUCCAUGACUCUUCAGAGUAUGUGUCUGGCAACAAUUUCAUUGUGGAUGCAGGCGUCACCUUACCAGGUUUUCCGAUUUUCUCUUCUCUUUGAAUCAUUAUGUUGUUGAACUUUAAUCAGUAGUAGUAUACAAAAUAGGAAUCAGAAAUGUUGCUGGAUGCUGUUUUGCAAACUGUAAACAGAGACUUUCCUGUUUGUUGGAGAUCUAAGUGUCUCUAUGCUAUACUUUUGUAUUCAGUAUUUACAAAACCGUCAUUCUCAUAUUCUCUUUGCACUGCCGUGUUUCCUCCAUGUUGGUGGAAUAUAUUGUUCCUGCAUAUGGUUCGUUGCUAGAAAACUAG